AUGGCUCUCUCAUCACAUUAUCAUGAGCACAAACCAAAUGUGCCCAUCAUCAUGGAGGACGUAUUCGGUUGGGUCCGUGAGGGCAACGCGUUCCAAGUUCGAGUCUGGCUUGACGAUCAUGAGCAUGACUUGAAUGUCGGUGAUGACCACGCGUUUUCGUUGCUUCACUGGGCCGCCAAAGAAGGACAUGUCUCGAUUGCUGAAAUGCUUUUAUCGAGAGGAGCACGAGUGAACGCUACCAACAUGGGCGACGACACCAGUCUCCAUUUGGCCGCAGCCCAUGGUCAUCGGCCGAUUGUUGUGAAGUUACUGGCUCGAAAAGCCGAUGUUCAUGCCACGAACGAACAUGGAAUGACUCCUCUACACUACGCCUGUUACUGGGGUUUUGAACAAAUUGCAGAGGAUCUGAUCAUAUCAGGUGCGCAGAUUGGAGCUUGCAACAAACGGGGUCAGACGCCUAUGGAUGUCUGCCAGGGGCCGUCACGACAAGCAAUAGCCGAAAUCGCAAUGGAAAAUGGCCAAAACCCGAACGAGCGGAUUCCGUUCAAAGAUCAGACUUGGAAGGGCACAAAAUCCCGUACCAGAGAUGCGACUCUGUCCAGAUACACCGGAGUAGAUGUCACUUCCUUGAAUUUGAUCACUAAGGUGGCUGAAUCUCACUCGGGCGAACUUUGGCGCGGAAAAUGGCAGGGUAACGACAUCGUGGCCCGUAUCUUGGCCGUGCCAGAAGUGACACCGCGAAUCUCUCGCGAUUUCCAGACUGAGUUCCCCUCUCUCAGGCGAGCGAUAAUUUUUGAUUACCAUGUUACUUGGAUUUUUGCCCACGCCAACAUCUGCCCAGUGCUGGCAGCCGCCAACCAACCUCCUAACCUCGUUGUCAUUAGUCAAUUCAUGCCAUUCGGAAGCCUAUAUAACGUGUUGCACGAACAGAGCUCCGUCGUCAUUGAUCAUAGUCAGGCAGUUCGUUUUGCUGUGGAUAUCGCCCGAGGAAUGUCGUAUCUACACAGUCUUGAUCCUGCUAUACUGAGAUAUUAUUUAUCAUCAAAACAUGUCGUUGUCGACGAGGAAUUGACUGCCAAAUUGUCGAUGGCCGACACAAAGUUCUCGUUCCAAGAAGUUGGGCGAGUGUACUCACCCGCUUGGAUGAGCCCUGAAGCUCUCCAAAGGGAUCCAGAAGACUUGAAUAUUCGGGCGGCCGAUAUGUGGAGUUUUGGUAUUCUUUUGUGGGAACUCAACACACGAGAAGUGCCAUUUGCUGAACUAUCACCAAUGGAAUGCGGCAUGAAGAUUGCUCUUGAAGGACUGAGAGUACAAAUUCCUCCGGGAAUCGCAAGAAACAUGGGUCGAUUGAUGAACAUUUGCUUGAAUGAGGAUCCCGGGCGACGACCGAAUUUCGACCAAAUAAUUCCGAUUCUUGAGAAAAUGUCAUAA